ACGAAAUUCGGACAUGAGCGGAACAACGUUUACGGAGCGCCGCCUCGCGCUCAAUGAGGCCCUGACAAAGAAGGCACACAACGUCCUUGUCGACACCCUCAAAUAUGCCACAGAUCCAGACAUCCCUGCAGACAAGAGGGAAACGGCGUUCAACAACAUCGCCUACACGCUGUCCGUGAUCGAGCUGGACCUUCAGAAAUCGCUUCAAAUGGCAAACCUCAACAAGGAGGACGAGGUCGCCUGCGAGGACUUUGAGCAACAGCUCCAUGAACGCAUCAAACAGACGGAGAAGGACAUUGAAGAUGCCAAGCAGCGACUGCUAGUCGAACAACAAAUCCGCGCCAACAAGAAAGAGUACGACUUGCUGGCAAAGGAAGUCGAGCAAUACCCGCCAAGAUCAGAAACACAAAGGGCGAUUGACCGGGUGGAUGCUGAGCUGCGUGAGUUGGCGGCGACAAAGGGGGAGCUGGACCACCAACUCAACCAGCGCAAGCGGCAGUUUGCACUGCUCUUGCACGCAGCACGCGACCUCCAGGCCGUGUUGGCAGAGCCAGAGGGUGCAGGCAGCAUGGACACGGCAGCUGACGGCGAUGAUGAUGACGGCAGUGGUGAUAAGCAGGCGGCAAGCAAGAGCGCGUGAAGAGAGGGUGUGUGUGUGCGUGUGCGUGUGUGUAUGUGUGUGUCUGUGCGCGUGAGUGCGUGAGUGUGAGUAUGUGUGUAUGUGCGUGCGCGUGUGCACGUGUGUAAAUGACCGCAAGAGCCGUGCAUGCGGGUAAGCCGCACAUGUGACCGGGUGCAAGGCAGGUGUACGUUUUGGUGUUGUUGGUGUUGCUGUGAUGUCCUUCUUCUGCGCUGUCGUGUACGCGAACGCCAAUCAAUACACAGGGAAUUUGGUAC